ACUGCAGGAAAACAUCUUGAGGAAUACUAUAUUAAAGCGGUUGAUACACUGAUCGACUUGUAUAAUUCACUUGAGCGGAAAAAGACGAAAGUUAAAGAGUGCAUCCAAAUAUUCUACAAGAAAGCAAGAGUGCUUCUAUACAUUGACAACCUACAAAUCCGGAGCAAGCUGCUUGAAAACAUUUUCAAGGAUCUGGAAACGUCUUCGCAAGAAAUGACUAUAGAAAGGCUUAAGCAAAGCAAAACGUUACACCUCGAUAGAAUUGAAACGCAUCAUAAUGGUGGUUUUGCAUUCAUUUUUAAGGCAGAUUACAAAGGCUGUUCUGUAGCAGUAAAGUGCUCUAAGCUCUCUAAAAAUUGUCUACAAAAUAAAUAUGCAAAUCCUAGUCACUUUAGUUACGAGCUUGAAUUUUUAAGCAAUUUAAGAAAGAAAAACCAUCCAAAUAUCAUUCAACUAAUACAAGAUGACCGUCAACUCCAAUGCCUGGUUCUAGAGUACAUCUCGUUUGGAUCUCUGCGGACGUAUUUGUUCAAACGUCGAUCAGACACUAGUCGUCCUACCUUUGAUGAGCUUCUCUUGAUUGCGGUGAAAAUUGCUGGGGCUUUAGAGUUGUUGGAAGAGGAAGGUAUCAUCCAUCUUGCAAUGCAGGCAAGAAAUGUGCUUGUUAACCGCAAUGGCGACGUUAAGUUAACAGGUUUUCAGUUUUGUCGAACACUGAGCCAGAUAAAAGAAAAGGGAAUAAGAAACGUUGUCUUCGAACGCCAUUUUAAGUGGAUGGAUCGAAAUGCUCUUGGAUUCGUAUCCGUCGUCCCAAGAACGGUUUCAUGGAGUUUUGGAGUUUUUCUUUACGAGAUUUUAACCCUUGGAUGCGAACCGUAUAGCCAUUCAAAGAAACACCUAGAUUCUGAUGAAUUGGAACGAAAAGCUCUGACGUCUUCGCAAGCAAAAAUCUUCGUAAGUAAUUUAAUAUAUUGAGUGUGUAAUAUAUCAGAGUCUACCCACACCGGACAACCGGAAAAAUUGCUUGACCGCCAUGGAAUCAAUAAAAAUAUAUAAAGCUGUAUACACUGUAUAAUGGAUCUACCUAAAAAUAUGCAUGGAUCCACCUAAAAACACAAAAAGAACUUGAUCAAAGUUCUGAGCGUAUUUUUCAGGUAAUUAUAUUAUCUACAGAUUUCCCAUAAAUGAUGAUAUUUCAGAAACUCGAUAUCAUUCCUUCAAUAUUUGUAUGUAUUUAUAAACUAAAGUCCGGUGGUUGUGAUGCCAAACUCAGGAUUAAUUUUGCUUGUGCUACACUCUAACGCCAGUAGCUAAUACUCUCGCGCACGCUUAAAUUACGCUUCACUGAUUGCCUAGUUCCCUGUUAUAUAAUAUAUUCCUGCCAGUCCCCUUUUUUUACAACAAGAUUUCUCGUAUAGUCUUGACAGUACUAUGGUUUUCAUAGUUGUCUACAGUAUGUCUUUUUAUGUGAUUUCCUCCAAUGUCAGUAGCCACUGUCGAGAAGUAUAGUUACCUAGAAUUUCUGCUACUUCAAUUUUGAUCUGCUCGAAAUUUUCCAUCAUCUGUUCUUAAGCCUAAAUUGGAAAAAUUCAAGCUACAAAAGACAAAUGGAACAAAUAUAUCGAAACUGAACUGAGUAGAGUUCAAAUUGGUCUGAAAUCAAACGCGUAAUUACAAAAUUGUACCACCGCGCAACGGAAGUCCACUUUGGAUAGCAAGUUCGAGUACAAACCAAAAUUACAAUAUCUGAAACCUAACAUUGUAUAUGCGACCUAGAAGUAAAAGAAAACUGGAAAUAAUACAGUAGUUCAUAUAAAUUUUCUCACACAUCAUUAGAUAUUCAUAGCAUUUCGGCCAAUGGCAUGGUGUACUUUACAUCACGUGUAUCUAUAUCUGGAUACCCAGGCUAGACCAGGACUUUAAUUACUUCAAGUGGGAAGGACUUUGAACAAUAGGGAAAUUGAGGGGUAAACAAAAGAUUAUGCAAAUAUAUUUAAUUGCUAUGUUUAGAAUUAUUUUUAAAUACAGUAAGCUGUAUUUAGAAUUUUUUUCUAAUUAUACACUUUACAUUUAUCACUUUUUCUAUCAUAAUAAACAGCGCAAUAAUACAGCAACUACAGCAAUAAUACUGCUGCCAGUAAUGUUUGGCCGUCUAAUAUAUAUUCACUUCGGCUCUUCCAUUCUCCACCAGAUAAUGCCUUAUCGCACACACAAUCUGAUAUAUCGUUUCUCGGAUCUCCUACCUUGUAACCAGGUUUAUUAAGAAAAUAUCAUCGGGCAAAUGACUAAAUCUGAUCAUCGUGGAUUAUGAUAAAAUAGUAGUUGCCUAUAGGUUGUUGACCACUUUUGAAUGAAGGAAAGAAAAGAAUUGAAGGUGGCCAAAUAUAAAAAAUCCGAAUUAUCGAAUUUCACAAUUUAUACGACGGGAAAUUAAGAAAAAAUCCCUUCUUGAAACAUUGUAAAAAUGUCAAUAAAAACAAUUUACGCUAAACAGCUAUGGAGAUAAAUUUUCUAUAAAAUUAGAAACAUCGUUCGUAGUAUUAACCAUUAAUGCAUAUUUUACCGCAUCCAAACCUUACAAAUUGUUCAUAUAAGAUCUAUAAUAAUUUUUAGUAUUUUUGCACAGGUGAAUAUAACAAAUCCUACAAGUUGAUUGGUCAAAUUUGACGUAUUAAGCUGUUAUAUUCAUGUCCAACAGCCGCCGAUUUGUGGAAGUUACUGAUAAAGAAAUAUGCGAAAUUAAAACAAAUUCAGUUGCAAAAAAAAAAACACAAAAGGCUUGUGAAAAAUACUAAAACAAUUAUUCGCCUCAGGCUCGGUGAUUAUCGGGGAAUAUUCACCUCGACUUGAUCUCGGUGAAUAUUCUCCGAUAAUCACCUCGCCUUCGGCGAAUAAUUGUUAAAUGUUCGCACUUACUUUGGUAAUCUUGUUAUGUUUCGUGGCUUGUUGCUGCGCUAGUCAUUCAGGACAAUAUUGCACCGUGUUGUGUCAUAAACAAAGAACAAGUUAAUUAAAUUAAUCCUCUUUAAUUCCAGUUUACAAAAAUGUUUAAGAUUUCAAAUUAAAUUUAAUAAAAUGGAAACCGAACUCCGUGUUUUGGUUUGUAAUCGAACUUGCGAUCCAAAGUGGACUUCCGCUUCGUGGUUGUGCAGUUUUGUAAUCACGCGUUUUAUUUCAGACCAAUUUGAACUCCACUCAAUUCAGUACCGAUGUGUUUGUUCCGUUUGCCUUUGGCAGAUCGGCUUUUUCUAAUUUUUUAUACAAAGAAAUAUGUUAGAAUAUGCGUUCGUUAACUUUCAGUAACAUUGAGUAAUGUCAAAACAACAAAAUAUGUUGUUUUAUUUUUUUUCUUGCGGUCCGAAGUCAUAUUUUACGCUUUUCUGCAAUCUGAUUGGCUACGUGAGCGGUCCGUAUGAGCCCGUACGGACCGCGCGAGAUUUAAAGCCGUAGAGCCAAUGUUUUUAUUUUUCAAAAUUUAAAGACGAGUUUAAAGGCUACUUUUUAAAACAUUAAAAUGUCUGCAGACGAUGAAAAACACAGUGAAAACGAAUUUUACUAUCCCACAAAAGAUAUUUCUCUUCCCGAUAGCAUUGAUAGAAACGACGUUUUAUUUGGCAGCUUCAUUCGCGUGCGGGAGGAGUGAUUGGGGAAAUCCAGAGGAGGAAUUAAAAAAAAAAAAUAAAAAUAUUAUUUACCGGUAUGGUCGGUCCGUAUAGAGAAAUAUUUCUCUCGGUCUUAAAAACGUCCCUCGGCCUUCGGCCUCGGGCCGUUUUUAAGACCUCGAGAAAUAUUUCUCUAUACGGACCUCCAAUCCGGUAAAUAACAUAUAUAUAUAUACAUAUAUCUAUCACCGUAUUUCAAAAUAUUAGUCAUCAAAAAACUUUCUUGUUCUCCCAACUCCCUUGGUAUUUUCAGAUAAUGUGGAAUCACAACAAAUUUCAACUUUAACGAUAUUAUAACAUUCUUUCGUAACUGUUAAUUGUUUUAGAUUAGUCGAGGUGGUAAAUUACCAAAAGAAUCCUGCAUUCCAGAUUCUUGCUUCCAGAUCAUCUCAACGAAAUGCUGCGAAGAAGAAUAUUCGGACAGGCCUACAUUUGCAGAGCUAGAAUGUUUGCUCCUGAAAGAAAAAG